AUGGAAGGCAUCCCUGAAAUUUCUUUAUCUACUCCAGUGGAUCAGUUGGAAGUUCUCUGUGAAACUAUUGUAGAUUUUUAUAAUCUAAAGAGAAAUGGGCUUGAUCUCUCUGGAGAUGUUGCAACCCAAGGAUGUGAAGUCUACUUCAACGAGUUGAAUGGGCCAAUCUAUCUAGCACUGGUCUGGCAAAAGGUGUUAUCAAAUGUUCAAAAAGGGGGAAAUAUGAAUGAAGUUGCGGCUACAAUCUUUCAGAAAGGAUCAGACUCAGGUGUCAAGAACCUUAAAUAUGAGUCAAGGAUUUUGGCCAAUAUUAUCUUGGGGUGCAUUCAUCAUCAUCCUGCUAACAACUAUGUUGGUUAUAUCAAUGUUGACCAUAAAUACAUGUUGUAUUAUCUGGCCAAAGGCAUCAAAAUGAUUCUUUCUUCCAUCUUGUUUAAAUACUUGAGAGAGAUGGUCAAAGAAAUAAGGAACGAUGGUAGCAAACAAAGGAAGUGGAUUCCUUUAGGCAGGUUAAUCUUGGAUAUCCUGGUUGAAAGAAAUUUGGUAGCCAAGUUGGAAGAAAUGAACUUUCGUGACGAUCUCUACACAUAUGUGGGAAAAUCCUUCAACGGAAGGAAUCUUAAAAGCAUGCUUAUGAUUAAAGAUAUUGUGAAUCUUGAUAGGAUGGACAAGGAAUUUGUCUCCUCCAAAAGGGUUGAGGUUUAUGACUUUCCUCUAUUCACUAAGCAGGAUCUUCCAGAGGUUUUAUGA